GCGUCUACAUACCCCCGCAGACUAGUACCUGACAGCUCCAUAACACUGCGCUCGCCGGAGCGAGUCUCACCUGGCCGCAACUUUUGUCCCGUACGCGCGGAUGAGACCUGGAAGAGAGAUGGCCUCUCGGGAGACUUUCAACGACUCGGAGUCCAAUUCGCCCGAGGAGGACGGUAACCGUGUGGCCUUGGCAGAGGGGGCGGCGAAGGAACAGACGUCCCCGGCGGUGCGUCGGCAUCACCCGUUCAGCGUGGAGGCGCUCAUGUCCGGCAGGAAGACGGACGGCCGCAGCGGCGGAGAGUCCACCUGCUGUAAACCGGAGGGAGCUUCGGUGGCGGUGCGCCCCACGGGUUUAAACUCUCUGUAUCUGUGUCGAGAGACGUGCAGUCCUCCCGGGGGGAGCCGAAAGAGCUCAACGGCUGCGCCUUCGUCGCCGAUAAAAUCCGAGGCAUCAGAGUGUGAGGACUGCGCGCCCUGGGGCCCCAACAGCGCGUUCUCCACGCAUCCCCGUCACAUCAGUCCUGCCUGCCAGCUGAGGAAACACAAGACCAACCGGAAGCCCCGCACUCCGUUCACCACGUCUCAGCUCCUGGCCCUGGAGAGGAAGUUCAGGCAGAAGCAGUACCUGUCCAUCGCCGAGCGGGCCGAGUUCUCCUCCUCCUUGACCCUGACAGAGACCCAGGUGAAGAUCUGGUUCCAGAAUCGCCGGGCAAAAGCCAAGAGGCUCCAGGAGGCCGAGCUGGAGAAACUCAAGAUGGCCGCUGAUGCUAAGACGGUUGCAGUGGCGGCCGCGGCCGCUGGAGCUUUACACCCUGGCUUUACAUUACCGCUGUCGCUGGGCGCCAUGUCACUGUACGGACAGUCGUACUCUGCCUAUCACCACCACCACAGGCCCAUACUCCCCAUUUCACCUUUAGGACUGUACGCUGCUCCCCUGGGCUACAGCAUGUACCACUUAUCAUAAAAAUGGAAAUAUCUUUGACUUCGGUGAAAUGGGUUUCGGUACAUUUCCAAGGAUUCCCAAAAAUGGACACAGAGGAUUUGUGGCUGACUUUUUUUUUUUUAUAAAACAGUGUUUAUAAUAUAUCUACUUGAGUGCUUGAAUCAACUUUCUGAGCACUUCAAGUCUAAUUAGAAAAUCUUUUUU